CGGGCAAGGGGGGGAGGCUUGGGGCCCGCGCCAGCGCGGCCCGUCAGGAAGGGGGGGGGACUUAGGUCCUCUGGCUGAAAGGGCUCCAUAGUUAAUACGGGGGGUACAGCUUCAAAGUGUCCCUUCCCUAACUUCACGAUUCGGAUCAGGUCUUCACGAUUCGGAUCAGGUCUUCUUCUUUUUGUUGUUGCGCUGUGGCGCUGUGGCAGCUGGCGGCGAACUCUUGAGCUUGAGGGUGUCAAGAAGUUUGACUCGAAGGCUGACAUUGUCUGGAAAGGGGCUCCAGACCAUUGCUCCCUGGCAAACUUGGUUAUUGACAUUUAAGGCCAAUCGACGCCUGUUCAUCAGGAUUUCCCAACAAAAACACAGGCUUUUCCAAGCUCAGCAAGUCUUGCUCAUCCCAAUUCCGCUUGCCAGCAUUGGCAAUCCCUUGAUGCAUUGGUUGGCAGCACUGCAAAGAUUGGCAAACUUUGAUCAGGGACAUUGAUGGUGUCGCCCAUCUCUUGCACCACCCGUUGAGCAUGGCUUCCGUACUCCGGUCGGGGCAGAUUAUCACUCUAGACGAGGUUGUCAAUGUUGCGACAGGGUCAACAAUCCGUCUGAUGGGGAGGCUGCACAAUAUAGACUUCGCGUCCAAUGCGGCUGAACUGGCCAACGGCGGCCAGCAAUUGCUCCUUGACCUAUCCACAAUCUCUCACGAGGUAUUGAAGGAAGGGUCCCUAUACCAAGUCAUCGGAGAACUUCAUCGUGCUGACCACCGAACUGAGUCUAAUGCACAAGCGGUUUUUCUGGCAGCAAGAGUUGUCAGGAACGUUGAUGGAUUGGACCAAGCUCUCUAUGACCAAGCUUUGAAGCUCCGGAGAACUUUCAUGGAAUCUAUGCCCGUAGGUUGAUGUUGUACUAUAAUAACUUGAGCUUGAUUGACUGGAGGCCAGCACCCUCUGGCAACUAUAUGCUGCUGUACGCUUGUACAAGUUCCCAUGUUUUUGAAAUGUUGAUACUAUAUGAUAAGCUAAUACUUGCUACGGGCUGCUCAAAGCUUGUACAGCAAAGAAGCAUGAAUUUAAAGCCCCUGAAUGUUGCCAGAAACGCCAGGUAGACACACGGCAACAACAGACACACAGCAAAAACCAUAGUUUGCUCCGGGCAGAGCUGAACAACAUUAAACUGCAGCCCGGCCGCGCCAAUCAGUCAUUGAUGAUUCUCGAAUCCAUAUCCCGGC